ACAAUCAGGUCUUCACAUCUCUCCUCACCAUCGAUCUGUUGCGAGCCCUACCGGAACGUCGUGGCCUAGGCGUGUCAUUUAACUCUGUGUACGCAGGGUUUCCCUGAGGCCUUCCUCGCUCAAAGAGCACCUCAGAAUCGAGCGAGUCCAUUGUCGAGGAUUCUAGUUCCCCUUUGUCUGUAAAACUUAUCCUGUCGAGUCAACUAACUCGUCCCGUUCAGUCAAAGAUGGAAGCGGGUGGAGAGUCAAGCGUUGUGGAGCAAUUUGUGGUCUCUUGGCAAAGGAAAUGGCAGCACAUACUGGACCAAUCGACCGUCCAUGUGGGCCUUCGAUGGGUCAUCUUUGCGGCGAUGCUCACGCUCUACGCCGUGCGGGUCUUCUACAUCAACGGAUGGUUCAUCGUCACCUACGGACUUGGCAUCUAUCUUCUCAACAAUUUCAUCGGCUUCCUCUCACCGCAAAUGGAUCCAGAAUCGGAAGGCCCGUUGCUCCCUACGCAGGAGUCGGAGGAAUACCGCCCCUUUGCCCGCCGUUUGCCCGAAUUUAAAUUUUGGUACCAGUGCGCCAAGGCGACGUGGAUCGCGUUUACCAUGACUUUUUUUGAAUUUUUCGACGUGCCUGUAUACUGGCCCAUUCUUCUCCUGUAUUUCGUAAGCCUCUUCAUCUUGACGAUGAAGAGGCAGAUCCGGCAUAUGAUCAAGCAUCGCUACGUGCCGUGGAGUAAUUCCAAGGCCCGGUAUGCGGGGGCGGGGGAGAAGAGAGCAACGCCACGGUGAUCGGCUGGCCAGGGGGGGGGGCUAGGAAGGACAGGAGGGAAGAAUAUGAAUGUUCCAUAGAGGGCCCGGGGUAUAGAGGGGCCAUGGCGGCGAAGCCAGGCCGCGCGAGUAAGGCGUGGCCUUCUCCCUAUCUCCUUGCCUGCGUGCCAGCGGAAAGACCUUUGUCGACUCUCAAGAUUGAGGCCAGCAAUAUCUGUCCGGGAAAUUGCUUUGAAAGGGCGCAUCCAAAGGGGAGAGCCACGGAGGAGCACCAAGGGAUGGAUGGAAGACGCUCUGUCGUGUUCACGAUGUGGAAAAGAUGGGGAAGGUGGCACAUACUCCACAGGGGUGGCCGCCCCGGGAUAAAGCGAGGGGCGUAAAGCAGAGAGAAGGCGAGAAAGGAAGGCGAGGAGAUGGUCGAGCGCCAGGCUUGCAGCUUUCAAAGAACCAUACCACAAAGUGCGCUGCAAAAGGUCAUAACCCAACGCUGGUGCAC